GAAAAUUAUACAUAGAUGGAUAUAACAUGCCUAGUGCUAAUGUAGUUCUAUAUUUGUAUAAGGUAUGCUGUCUCAGUCCCUUAUUUGGCACCUUCUUUCUUGUCCUUAUGCCUAGCCACAAUGAACUUUGGCUCACAUCCGAAGAGACGUCUGUACUGUUGAUCAUCUUUGUAUAUAAGGCGCAUGGGUUUUAUCCUGACGUUAAGGUUCUUCACUAUUGCCUUACUGCUGCUGCUGCUGCUGCUACUCCCCAUCGUCCUGCUACUGCUUGUUUCAGCCGCACUACUUCGAAUUUUGGCAGCGGGCGGUCUGGUUUUCUUGUGAGACACAAGGUUUUGGUCUUGAGACUCCUUAGAUCCCUUGGGAUCUCCAUUCUUACUGCCUUGAGAUUCUGCUUGCUGGUUCGGCAUUAUAAAGGGCGAUAAAGAAUCCAAUGAUAUAAGUUUAGUGUCGUAAAGUGUUCUUCUUGCUCAAACUCGAGGUCGAUGGCUAGAAUAUGGUAAGUAACAUAGAGCUAUAUGUGAUAACUUCAACUAGAACUGAUACUCAAUAUAGGAGGUCGUACUCGAUAGUCCGGAUUUGGUAGUCUAGUAGUGUCGGUCUAGAGGGUCUGUUGUUGCACAGCGAGAGAGACUCCACAUCCACCUUGGGG